AUGGGAGCCUCUGGACUGAGCCCCAAUGACUCGAGUGUCUUGUCUGCACUAUUCGAUCCUGAAUCCUCGCUAUCAAAUACUGUACAGAUCAACAACAGCGGGCUUGGCGACAAGUCACCCGGCAGUCUGAAAAGCCUUUGGGAACAAGAACGACGUGCACUGCAAUCAGUCAACCAGGAACACCCCCAACGAAGUGACAUCGAGCACUCAAUCGCUCAGCUGACUGAAAUCAUCACGAAUGAACCCUCAUAUGCCUCAGCAUGGAACAACAGAGCGCAAGCACGACGAAUGCUUAUCAGAGACGAAGACCUUCCUGGGAACCCAGGCAUCGUGGCCGAGAUCUUCCGAGACCUUGCACAAGCCAUUUCACUCGCGACUCCAGCUGGACCCAGUGCAACACUUUCGAGCUUUGACGCCAAAGUGCUUGCGUCGGCACAUACGCACCGGGGCUAUCUCCUGCUUCUGGCCAGCAAGUCCGACGACAAUCGAAAGAUGCUAACGACGGUACCACAUCUCAAGGCACUAUCAACCGCGGAGCUCGAGGAGGCGGCAAGCCGGGAGCUGGGGAUGGGAGGCCGGUAUGGAAAUGAAACCGCACGGCAGCUUGCGGUGAAGACCAACCCGUACGCAAAGCUGUGUGGAUCGAUAGCGUUGCUGGACAUCCGUGAUCCUAGACAGUCCCUGCUCUCCGCUCCACUGUCCUCGACCUGCACAAAGACGUGCUACAUGAACAAUGAUCGCGGAGCAAAUCCGCCCUAUGACGUUCUCCGCCGAUAA